ACGCCGGGCAAGAGGAAGACCUCCAGGAGCUCCCCGCGCAGCGCGGCUGUGUUUGCGGCCUGUGCGAGUAGGCUUUUGGGAACCAGUCUUCCUGACGAGCGGCGUCCAGAUUUCUCGAACCGGUGGAGUCCACUCGUAACCCGGAGCCUAGAAGGCUGCGAGAACAGUUCCGUUUUCUCAGCGGCGGACUGCUGCAGUAAGAAUGUCUUUCCCCCCUCAUUUGAAUCGCCCUCCCAUGGGAAUUCCAGCCCUCCCACCAGGGAUCCCACCCCCACAGUUUCCGGGCUUUCCUCCACCUGUACCUCCAGGGACUCCCAUGAUACCUGUACCAAUGAGCAUUAUGGCUCCUGCUCCAACUGUCUUGGUACCCACUGUGUCCAUGGUUGGAAAGCAUUUAGGAGCAAGAAAGGAUCAUCCCGGCUUAAAGACUAAAGAAAAUGAUGAAAAUUGUGGUCCCACCACCACAGUUUUUGUUGGCAACAUUUCUGAAAAAGCCUCAGACAUGCUUAUAAGACAGCUUUUAGCUAAAUGUGGCUUAGUUUUGAGCUGGAAGAGAGUCCAAGGAGCGUCUGGAAAACUACAAGCUUUUGGAUUCUGUGAGUAUAAGGAGCCUGAAUCUACACUUCGAGCACUCAGAUUAUUGCAUGACCUGCAGAUUGGAGAGAAGAAGCUGCUUGUUAAAGUUGAUGCAAAGACAAAGGCGCAACUAGAUGAAUGGAAAGCGAAGAAGAAAGCUUCCAAUGGGAAUGCCAGGCCAGAAACUGCCCCUAAUGAUGAUGAAGAAGCCUUAGAUGAAGAAACAAAAAGAAGAGAUCAGAUGAUUAAAGGGGCCAUUGAAGUUUUAAUUCGUGAAUACUCCAGUGAGCUAAAUGCCCCCUCACAGGAAUCUGACUCUCACCCCAGAAAGAAGAAGAAGGAAAAGAAGGAGGACAUUUUUCGUAGAUUCCCAGUGGCCCCGCUGAUCCCUUACCCACUCAUCACUAAGGAGGAUAUAAAUGCUAUAGAAAUGGAAGAAGACAAAAGAGACUUGAUAUCCCGAGAGAUCAGCAAAUUCAGAGACACACACAAGAAACUGGAAGAAGAGAAAGGCAAAAAGGAAAAAGAAAGACAGGAAAUUGAGAAAGAACGGAGAGAAAGAGAGAGGGAGCGUGAAAGGGAACGAGAAAGGCGAGAACGGGAACGAGAAAGGGAAAGAGAACGUGAACGAGAGAAGGAGAAGGAACGGGAGCGGGAACGAGAACGAGAUAGGGACCGUGACCGGACCAAAGAAAGAGAUCGAGAUCGGGAUCGAGAAAGAGAUCGUGACCGGGAUCGAGAAAGGAGCUCGGAUCGAAAUAAGGAUCGGAGUCGAUCAAGAGAAAAGAGCAGAGAUCGUGAAAGGGAACGAGAGCGGGAACGGGAGAGAGAACGGGAACGAGAGCGGGAGCGAGAACGAGAGCGAGAGAGAGAGCGAGAGCGGGAACGGGAGCGUGAGAGAGAGAAAGACAAGAAACGGGACCGAGAAGAAGACGAGGAAGAUGCAUAUGAACGAAGAAAACUUGAAAGAAAACUCCGAGAGAAAGAAGCCGCUUAUCAAGAGCGCCUUAAGAAUUGGGAAAUCAGAGAACGGAAGAAAACUCGAGAAUAUGAAAAGGAGGCUGAAAGAGAAGAAGAAAGGAGAAGAGAAAUGGCAAAAGAAGCUAAACGACUAAAAGAAUUUUUAGAAGAUUAUGAUGAUGAUAGAGAUGAUCCCAAAUAUUACAGAGGAAGUGCUCUUCAGAAAAGGCUGCGUGAUAGAGAAAAGGAAAUGGAAGCUGAUGAGCGAGAUAGGAAGAGAGAAAAGGAAGAACUUGAGGAAAUCAGGCAACGCCUUCUGGCAGAAGGACACCCGGAUCCAGAUGCGGAGCUCCAGAGGAUGGAACAAGAGGCUGAGCGACGCAGGCAACCACAAAUUAAACAAGAGCCAGAAUCAGAAGAGGAAGAAGAAGAAAAGCAAGAAAAAGAAGAAAAACGAGAAGAACCUGUGGAAGAGGAAGAGGAACCAGAACAAAAACCUUGUCUCAAACCUACUCUGAGGCCCAUUAGCUCUGCCCCAUCUGUUUCCUCUGCCAGUGGCAAUGCGACACCCAACACUCCUGGGGAUGAGUCUCCCUGCGGGAUUAUUAUUCCUCAUGAAAACUCACCAGAUCAACAGCAGCCUGAGGAACAUAGGCCAAAAAUAGGACUAAGUCUAAAACUGGGUGCUUCCAAUAGUCCUGGUCAGCCGAAUUCUGUGAAGAGAAAGAAACUACCUGUAGAUAGUGUGUUUAACAAAUUUGAGGAUGAAGACAGUGAUGAUGUGCCCCGAAAAAGGAAACUGGUUCCCUUGGAUUAUGGUGAAGAUGAUAAAAAUGCUGCCAAAGGAACUGUGAACACUGAAGAAAAGCGUAAACACAUUAAAAGUCUCAUUGAGAAAAUCCCUACAGCCAAGCCAGAGCUCUUUGCUUAUCCCCUGGAUUGGUCUAUUGUGGAUUCUAUAUUGAUGGAACGAAGAAUUCGACCAUGGAUUAAUAAGAAAAUUAUAGAAUACAUAGGUGAAGAAGAAGCUACAUUAGUUGAUUUUGUUUGUUCUAAGGUUAUGGCUCAUAGUUCACCUCAGAGCAUUUUAGAUGAUGUUGCCAUGGUACUUGAUGAAGAAGCUGAAGUUUUUAUAGUCAAAAUGUGGAGAUUAUUGAUAUAUGAGACAGAAGCCAAGAAAAUUGGUCUUGUGAAGUAAAAACUUUGACAUUUGGAGUUCCAUUUCAGAUUUCUUCUUUCCCACUCUUCAAAGGACUUUGGAUUUUUCUUUGUCUUCAGAGAUAUUUGUGAGAUCUGUAAUUUUUUUUUAUGUAGAAAAAUGUGAAUUUUUUUGCCCUCUAAUUUGUUGGUGCCCUGUGUACUCCAUUGGUUGUAAAGUCAUCUGAAUCCUUGGUUCUCUUUAUACUCACCAGGUACAGAUUACUGGUAUGUUUUAUAAGCAAUUGCUGUACACAGCCUAUCUCAUAUAAUCUUGUUCUGCUGAUUUAUUCCUUGUAAAUAUUAAAAUGACUCCCCAGUUCUUUUGCAGAAUUUCACUUAAUGUUGAAUUGUGCUAUAUAGGAACCUACAUGAACAAUUUUGAUUGAAUACCAAUCAUAUCCGUUAGAUCCACACUCCUACCCCUCCUUUGAUCAAAAGUGGCAAGCCGUCCUGAAGGCAUGGAAUUUGAAAUUAGAAUGCGAAGUUAGACAAUCCAUUCCUAUUAUAUCUCUGUGUGGAUGUGUUCGUGUGAAUGUAUGUGUAAAAGUUUUCUUUUCCCUAAUUUGCUUUGGUAAUGUCCCUUUAACAUUUCCUAAUUGAAGAAUAGAGUUGUCAAGGAAGGUGAUACCAUGCUAACCCAAAUGUCUAUUAGAAUUAAGUUUGUUGGUUUCUCAGAUCUUGGUAUUCUUCUGUGGUGAGCAACAGUUUACUGACAGGAGGGGAUUUCCCUGUUGAUAGCUGGCUGCUUCACCUCUUUUAAAGGAGUGUGGAUCUUAGUGUUUUUCCCCUCAUAAUUUCAUUGCCUAGGAAUGGGGCAGAUCUUAGAAUUCUGGAGAGUUUUAUUUAAUUAUUUUUUUGCACUAAUUUGUCCUUAGUUUAAUUUUUAUAUACCCCUUUGUUUAAAAAAAAAAAAAAACAACACUUCAUUCUGAAUGCUAAGUGAGAAGAAACCUUUAUAAAAGCAAAAGAUAAAAUUAGGCAAGUUUUCAGAUUAGGAGAGUUUAACAAAACAGUAGGAUUUCAGCUUGACAAUUUAUAAAGUUUACAUCUUAUUUCCAAAGAUAAAGUAAAUCAUUCAGGGCAGUUACCAACUACUAAUUUUUAUCCCUCUUCAUCAAAGUUUAAAAACAGACUGGUGAUGUGCUUGGAGACAUACCUGGGGCUUUGUUCAUGAUACGUCAGAAUUACACUAGGGAGCAAAAUUAACCUGAAAAUGUAUCAAGUUUCAAAUAGUUCUUAAAACAAAUUAGAUGGAUCUGUUUCCAUGCCUGAGUAUUUCUUUGAAAAAAAGAUGAAAAUUGGCCUGUUAGAAAAAUCUGUAAGCUUGAAUUACUUUUUUUUAUACACAUCUUGAGAGGACAUUUGGAAAUACUGUUCUUAAAUUUGAACCAUGACAUGGUUCCAUUAUGUAAAUAUUUCAAAUAUUAAAAAUGUAUAUAUUUGAUCUUGGGGACUCAUUCUUUGAGAUUCUUGUAAAUAAAUGGCAUCAUGUUGAAAUUG